GGCGUCCUCCAGCGCACGAGAGGCAACGUGAUAGCUCCUUAAAAUGAUCAACUUUUGGUUUACUUGGAAAACCAACAUAAGUAUCAUCUAAUUUCAACACAUCAUAGUUAAAAGAGUAUUUGGUGAUCAGCAGAAAAAUGGCUUCAUUUAAACCUACCAAAAUCCAAGUCUAUCCUAAACUUGGAGAGAAAGUCACACAGGACACACUCUACUGGAAAAACUACAAGGCUCCGCUCCACAUAAAAGAAUUUGGAGCAAUCACAAAUAUAGACUUCUCCCCCGUGGCCCCACACAACUUUGCUGUGACAGCAUUCACAAGGAUCCACAUUUACGGGCCAUUCUCCCAGGAGCCUUUGAAGUCAUUUACACGUUUUAAGGACACUGCAUACUGUGGCAGGUUCAGGUCAGACGGUCAGCUGCUCGUGGCAGGAUGUGAGGACUCUGUGGUCCGGCUGUUCGAUGUCAGCGGCAAGGUGGCUCUCAGGAUGUUCAAAGGGCACACAAAGGCUGUACAUGUUACAGACUUUAUCUCAGACCGUUACCAGAUCCUCACAGGGUCAGACGACUACACGUGUCGACUUUGGGACCUCCCAAAUGCCACUGAGCUCAACAACUACCAAGAACACACAGAUUAUAUUCGCUGUGGCGUUGCCAGCAAACUCAACAGAGAUCUCUUCAUCACUGGAUCUUAUGACCACACACUAAAACUGUUUGAUGCCAGAGUGGAUAAGAGUGUGAUGACCAUGGACCACGGCCAACCAGUGGAGAGUCUGCUUCUCUAUCCUUCUGAGGGACUCCUCGUCUCUGCAGGUGGCCGCUAUGUGAAAGUAUGGGAUCUGCUGAAGGGAGGCCAGCCUCUGGUGUCCUUGAAGAACCAUCACAAAACUGUCACGUCUUUGUGUCUCAGCAGCAGCGGCCAGAGACUGCUGUCAGCUUCUCUGGACAGGCAUGUAAAGGUGUACAACACAACCAACUACAAAGUGGUCCACAACUUUGACUACGCUGCCUCCAUCCUCAGUCUGGCUCUGGCUCCGGAUGAUGAAUCAAUUGUUGUGGGUAUGACCAAUAGUAUCCUGAGUAUCAAACACAGGAAAAGCCUUGAAGAUUCAAAGGAAAUCUCUGGCCAACAGAGGCGGCGGCCGUCGUAUCGUGUUUUUGUGAAGGGGAAGAACCCUGUCCCUAAACAGGAUGAUUAUCUCGUCAGCAAGCCAGUGAAACAGCAUCUGGCCAAAUACGACAAGCUGCUCAAGAUAUUUAAUGUCACAAAGGCUUUGGAUACAGCUCUGGCGACAUGGACCAGACACCGAAAGCCAGAGAUCACAGUGUCUGUUAUGAAGGAGCUGGAUCGAAGGGGGACGUUGAAGAACGCUCUGGCAGGAAGGGAUGAACAAGCCCUCACUCGGUUGCUAAACUUUCUCAUAGGGAACAUGGUUGACCCCAGGUUUGCUCCUGUCCUGGUCACAGCGGCAGAGAUGAUCCUGGACAUCUAUCGGUCGGUUAUCGGACAGUCUCCACUCGUGGACCGACAGCUGCUGCGUCUGCAGGAGCUGCUGGAGAAAGAGAUCGACUACCAGCAGGACCUCCUGGAGGUGAUGGGCAUGUUGGACACGAUGUUCGCCUCCUCCUUUCCCAGGAUGGAGGUUCCGUGCCCUGGCAUCAGCAGGGCUAAUGGCCUGGCCGGGGGGGACGGGAUUACCUUGAGACCACAGAUUCAGGCUACCUGAGACUAGGAGGGCAGGGGGGCUGCUUAAGACUGGGUUAGAGUGCCUUCACAACUCUAAAAAUCUCUUUGAAACAUCUGACACACAUUUCCAGACAUGACAGACCACAUGUCAGCAAACUGGAAUUGAUAUAGGUUUUUAAGAGACUGACAAACCCAUGAGCUCCCUGGCGUUUUAACUCGGCGUGACUGAAAACGCAGCAGGCAACAGAGAGAACAUGCAUUUACUGCAUGAAGUAUCUUUCUAUGUGUGAAUGGGAAGGGACUUGAUUUUUUUUGUUUGAAAGUCUGGAAAUAACACUUUCAAAUGUAAAUGUGUCUGGAUGCUUGUGUGUUUUGAAUGAUUGAACUGUUAAUGUCUGCUUUCUGUUUUCAUAAUAUUUGGCAGUGGCAAAUGUUUUAUAAGCAGAUGUGAAUAAAUCUUUGUAAUAUUG